UCCCGGAAGUGAAACUAUCGCAACACGGAAGUGCCUGGAACGAAAACAAAUAUUUCUGGAGAUCGUCAGUCAGUGAAGAAUCAAUCGGCCCUGAUAUUUUAUAUCAGCGUCCACUGACGGGACUAAUCCGGGGCGACAGUUUUUCAAGAUGGAGUGGCUUUUUGGAAAGAAGAAGACUCCAGAGCAGAUGCUGCGUCAGAACCAGCGAGCUCUGAACAAAGCCAUGAGAGAACUGGACAGAGAGCGGACUAAACUAGAGCAACAGGAGAAGAAGAUCAUCGCUGAUAUCAAGAAGAUGGCCAAGCAGGGACAAAUGGACGCUGUGAAGAUCAUGGCCAAGGACUUGGUGCGUACCAGACGAUACGUGAAGAAGUUCAUCAUGAUGAAAGCUAAUAUCCAGGCAGUCAGUCUGAAGAUCCAGACCCUGAAGUCAAACAACAGCAUGGCCCAGGCCAUGAAGGGAGUGACCAAAGCGAUGGCCACCAUGAACAGACAGCUAAAGCUUCCUCAGAUCCAGAAGAUCAUGAUGGAUUUUGAGAAGGAAAGUGAGAUCAUGGACAUGAAGGAGGAGAUGAUGAAUGAUGCCAUUGAUGACGCAAUGGGAGAUGAAGAUGAUGAGGAGGAAAGUGACGCCAUCGUGACUCAGGUUCUGGAUGAGCUGGGUCUCAAUUUGUCGGACGAGUUGUCAAAUCUUCCAGCCACCGGUGGAAGUUUGUCGGUGGCAGGUGGAAAGAAGGAAGUGCCUCAAGCAGCACUUGCUGAUGCCGAUGCAGACCUUGAGGAGCGGCUCAAAAACCUACGAAAAGAUUGAAAGCGUUUUUCAUUGAGGCUGUCAUAUUCACACACUGUCAGAUUUUGUUUUUUGGUUGGUGAAAUGUUUUAUAAAAACAAAUAUCCUACUGGUUGUUUAUUUGGUAUCCUGUAAAAAAAAUAGUGUGGGUUAAUCUUCCAGAUAAUUCUUGAGGUGCAGGGGAGCUAUAUUAAGCUGUCAAUCACAAUACAAGAUCAUCUUGAGAACUUGCUGGAUCUGUUCAACACUUAACAUCUCCAUUAUACCAAGAACUAGUACUCGAGUGACACAAGAACGCAGAUGCUGGCAGAGGCAUUUUCUGCGCCUCUGUGAUAUGUUUUCACAAUUGGCCACACAGACACAACUGCAUUACACUACAACACACAAGGCACGAGGUUCAUUGUCUGCCCAAAUGAAAUAAGUGACGGCAUGAGAAGUAGGAAGGAUCAUUUACAGGGGAUCAGAGCCGUCUUUUGUCAUUGAAUCAGCAGAUGAUGCCACUACUAGACCGAUGCAGACUAACUUAAGGUUGUCAACCUCAUUUAGCAUUUUGUUUCCAAGUAUGAAAUCACAAGUCUGAUUAUAUACAGGAAGCAUGUGCCUCAUCACUACUUUCACUUUAAAUAUGAUCUUAAAGUAAACCAUGCUUCAUUCUUUUGAAUUGCAAACAGAAAUUCAGAGUGUGAGUGUGUAACAGCUUCAAUUAAUUAAUGUAAAGAGAACUUUGUUAUAUCAGCUGACUUGACCAAAAUGUCAAUACCCAGUUUUCAGGUCAAAGUUGUUUUUUUCUGAUUUCAAUAAAUAUUUUUAUCCAA